GCUACAGGGCUGACUUCAAGGACGUGAAUUGUUGACCUCAUCCCACCUUCAGAACCUCAGCUGUUAUUCUAAUUUUUGCACCAUUCCAAGCAAGUUGACUUUAUAUGGAAAUAAAAUUGAACCUUAGGGGUCUGAUGGAAAUUCACUGUGACAUUGAAAUCAAGAAAACUUGCUGAAACCCACAGAGCCUUUUCCCCCAUGGGCCCUGAUGGUAGCCUCCAGAAGGUGCAGCCUCUGGUGGUGCCCCUUCUUCUGUGGCAAGAAUAAACUCUGGGUCUUGGGUUGCAACACCACCUGUGGAGAAAAUGGUAUGCGAGGGAAAGCGAUCAGCCUCUUGCCCUUGUUUCUUCCUCCUGACGGCCAAGUUCUACUGGAUCCUCACAAUGAUGCAAAGAACUCACAGCCAGGAGUAUGCCCAUUCCAUACGAGUGGAUGGGGACAUCAUUUUGGGGGGUCUCUUCCCUGUCCACGCAAAGGGAGAGAGAGGGGUACCUUGUGGGGAGCUGAAGAAGGAAAAGGGGAUCCACAGACUGGAGGCCAUGCUUUAUGCAAUCGACCAGAUUAAUAAGGACCCUGAUCUCCUCUCCAAUAUUACUCUGGGUGUCCGGAUCCUUGACACGUGCUCCAGGGACACGUAUGCUUUGGAGCAGUCAUUAACAUUCGUGCAGGCAUUGAUAGAGAAAGACGCUUCCGACGUGAAGUGUGCUAAUGGAGAUCCACCCAUUUUCACCAAGCCUGACAAGAUUUCUGGUGUCAUAGGUGCUGCAGCAAGCUCCGUGUCCAUCAUGGUUGCUAACAUUUUAAGACUUUUUAAGGUAGGUGAAGGCAUUGUCUUUCUGAUCAUUGUGACAAGACAAUAA